AUGUCAGGCCUGCGCUCUCCCUCCACUCCUCGCUCGGAUGCACCGUCGCCGCGUCAGAAGUUCGACUCGGAGCUGCUGCGGGCGUAUAUGAAGAAGCUCCUGCAGACCACGCUGCAGAAUGCCACUUGGCCGGAACCACGAGAACGAGAUCGUGUGAAAGGCUGGAUGAAGGAGAUUGGUGAACGAGUCAAGGAGAGGAUGAUAGAGAUUCAGCCGAGAGGCUUCAAGUAUAUCGUCAUGACGCAAAUUAAUGAAAAUUUAGGACAAGGUGGCCGUGCGGACAUGGUGUGUCAUUGGGAAGAUAGUGAUGCCGUGGCGCAAGAGAUGUAUGCGAAUAAUUCCAUCAUCUGCAUAUGUGUUGCGUUCGCCGUGCGGACAAUCUGA